UGUACUGUUUUGUAAUCUCGAAAUGACAUAUGCGACGGGAUUUGCAUCACCCGAAAAACACACAUUGUUUGUAACAUUUAACGAGUGGAAGUUGCGACCGACUAACACUCAGCUGCAGUGAGAGCUUGAGGUAUAACAGUAUUUGGUCGUGUUUGAUUUCUUUGACUUUGAUGAGCUGUAAAGGUGUUCAAUUUAUUGAGUUUUUCAUCUUCGGAAGUUUUCAAAAUGGACCAUCCGAAUAAUAAAAUGAUGAAUGGCAACGGUUCAGCUUUGAGUAUAACAACAGUUUCAGAACCGGACGGACGAGUAUCAGUCAAACCUGACCUGAGAAAAACGUUGAAGUCAUACAUCGUUGCGUUACGUCCGUGGUCAUUCAGUGCAUCGCUCAACCCCGUCAUUCUCGGUUCAGCGAUAGCGUUUAAGACACAGCCGGAGCAGAGCGUGACAUCUGGUAACUUGGUAAUCUUCAUGGCCGCUUUGGUCGCUGUACUGUCUGUGCACGGUGCAGGAAAUCUUGUCAACACAUACUACGAUUACAUGAAAGGAAUCGACAGCAAAAAGAGUGACGAUAGAACUUUAGUCGAUGGAAUUCUCUCCCCGGAUGAUGUAGCGACAUUCGGCCAAGUCUUGUAUAUUGUUGGUUGUCUCGCCAUCGCAGCCUUGUACUUUUUCUCGCCGGCUAAACUCGAGCAUAUUGCUCUUUUAUACUUCGGCGGGUUAUCCAGCUCAUUCCUUUACACAGGGGGACUCGGACUGAAGUACUUAGCGCUCGGAGAUCUUGUGAUUAUGUUUACUUUUGGACCAUUAUCCGUUAUGUUCGCUUACACGAUGCAAAUCGGCACAAUGCAUAUUCUACCGUUGUUAUACGCCAUCCCACUAGCUAUGAACACUGAAGCUAUACUUCAUAGCAACAACACGCGAGACAUGGAAGCUGAUAAGAAAGCUGGGAUAGUCACAAUAGCUAUGUGUCUAGGCAAGACAGGCUCGUAUAUUCUCUACACCCUCCUUAUGUUCGUCCCUUACAUCACAUUUGCAAUUAUGGGCGUCAACUUCUCCUUGGCGUAUCUACUUCCGUUUUUGACUCUUCCGAUGGCUUUUAGUCUGGAGAAGGAUUUUCGGAGAGGCGAGAUGGCAAAGCUACCCCAGCGGACAGCGAAACUAAACCUCUUAUUCGGAGCGUUGUAUAUCCUAGCAUGUUUGCUUGUAAAUAGGAAUGCUAUGCCAGGAGUUUUAGAUGUUGCGGCUCUAUCAAAGUAAAUGUGUUCUAAAAAUUGUGUGUAAAAUAUAUAGUUGUUGAUUAUUGAUAACUUAUUGAAUUUGCUCCUGAUGUAUGACAACACAAGCUCAAACAGUGCCCACACAAAGGUCAAAUGAGGUCACUGAGGUCAAAUAUGUUCUACAUGUACCAUGUACACAUAGCUUUACAUUGUUUGACCUUGGCCAAUGUAGCCAAUUCAAUUGGGUUGUACACGUAGAAACUUGACAAAACAGUACAUAAACAAUCACAAUUUAUCACCAAGGUCUAAUUUCAUAAACAAAUAUGAAUUUAGAAAUUAACGGAGAACCAACCAGUCACUUGCAGUACACAUGUACUUCACAUUGCACUCUGGCUGGUAAACUGUACUUGCUAACUGCUAAGCAACAUGUUUUAACGCUUAGCAUUUUUGUGUGUUUGUGAGAUCUCUAUGAAUGAAGGCCUAUGUUUUUUUAUACAAGUUCGCCUUUUGUCAAGUUCGCCAUUGAUCUAACUGAACAUAACAAGUGGAUUUGUUUGUACCUGUCUGCUUGCAGUGUGAAGGUUUUUAAAGGCAGUGGACACUAUUGGUAAUUACUCAAUAAUUAUCAGUAUAAAAUCUCACUUGGUA